UCCAGGGCGAGUAUGAGACGGGAGAGCGUUAGAUGCUUUAAAUGUGUUCUUGGGGCAGUAAGCUGUCACGGCCUCUGGCGAGGAAGAUUGAUCGCGUGCAGGCUUCCAGGGCUCUUUGUUUGGAAUAUAAGCAAUAAAGUGCUCGCGGCCUACUCACUCUCCGAGCAGAGCAGGACUACUGCACAUAACAAGGGCAACGCCACUUGAUUGAAAAUGUUUUUUAAGCGGAUACAUUUAUCACAGCCCAGCACAAAGAGCUUAGCGCUCAGACGUACAGUAGGCUCCAGUGUGUAUGUGCGUAUGUGUGUUUGUCAGUGUGGCGCAGAACAGGAGCUGCAGUGGGACAAGAACAGUGACUACAGAAGCACAUUCCCCUAACCUCCACGCGGGCUCCUCGAGCAGAACGCAGCUGAACCACUGCGCGUCUCAACACCUCACCUGAGCUUCUGAGGCUCAAUCGAUUUCCAUUCAUCAGGAGAGGGAAUAGAUGACAUCAUCACAUGAACGAUGCGGGACAUCAGGCAAAGGUUUCACAGUGUAGCAGAGGCUUAACAAGUAGAUAAUAGCAUACUUCGUUACUGUUCCUUUUCUAUAGGCUAGUCAUGAUUAUUGGAAAAUAACUUCAUGGAAUAUUGAUUAUGAUGUGGACUUCGUGCUGGAUAUUCUUCCACAAUCACAGAAGUUUGGGCAGUGGUUUUGAGGGCUACCCAUGAUGUGUAUUACUCUGCGGCUUCCAUUUUGAACAUCCAAUGUUAUUAGUACGAAUUCCUCACCCACCAGAAAACACACACACACACACACACACACACACACACACACACACACACACACACACACACAUUCUUCAACAUAUUCUUCAACGGAUGUUCUUGGGCGCGCGUUCACGCAUGUGGCUUUGUGUUGGAGUGUGUAAAAGCACGAGACUGCCAAGCAUCUGUGUGCGCGCGGGGGAGUGGCGCGCAUGCAUGCAACGAGAUGAGAACGCGCACGAAUCCGCGGGCACACUUUUGUUGGGAGGAAUUAUUCCACAAACUCUACAUAUUAGAAUGGGUACGUUUGAUAAUAGCGCGAGACAGGCCCGCGUGUUGACAUGAUUUGUGAUGUGACAGGCAGCGGUGGGAUGCGACGCGCGAGGUGAGCGCGCGGUGCGCACACUGUCACAGGCCAACAGCUUCUGAAAUAUACUACUUAAGAUCUACGGGGCAGUGGGACAAACUGACCAUAAAUGUGUAAAUAAAGCAGCCCUACCCCGAGCGCGAGGCGUUCCCCUCAGACUCUUUCGAUCAAUCACACAGACACUGGCUUCUUUUGAUUAAACCCCAAAUUGUCAUUGGACGGGGCUAAUCAUGUGACAAGCAGUACGGUCCAAUUUCAACCUUGUCUCCAUGAAAGCAAUAGUUUCAUGGCAUCGCGGUCCCCAUACGGCCGUAAUCAGUAAAAUAGUUUUAAAAAAAACGGCCACGAUAUUUCAUUAUUUUUUUCUGGGCCACAGAUUUACGAACGCUGAAUUUGUCGAACGUGGUGGAGAUGAAUUGCGAAUUCGAGCGAGAGACGGGUUUUAUCAAUAGUCAGCCGUCGCUCGCCGAGUGCCUGACGUCUUUUCCCCCUGUCGGUGAUGCAUUUCAAAGUUCAUCAAUCAAGAAUUCGACGCUUUCCCACUCGACACUGAUUCCUCCUCCAUUCGAGCAGACCAUCCCAAGUCUAAACCCGGGCAGUCACCCCCGCCACAGCCGGCCCAAGCAGAGCCUGGUCGGUACCUGUCCACUGCCCGCCGCCUCACUACCCCCCGAGUACCCCUGGAUGAAGGAGAAGAAAGCCUCCAAGAAGAACCAGGCAACUUCCACGGCGACAGCACACGACACGGGAGCCAUUUAUUUUUCUCCUCAAGGAUCGCCCGAGCUCUCGGACGGCGGCAGCGGGACGACCCGGCGGCUGAGGACCGCGUACACGAACACUCAGCUCCUGGAACUGGAGAAGGAGUUCCACUUCAACAAGUACCUUUGCAGACCCCGGCGCGUGGAGAUCGCCGCGCUGCUGGACCUGACUGAGCGGCAGGUGAAAGUCUGGUUUCAGAACCGGCGGAUGAAACAUAAGCGGCAGACCCAGUGCAAGGAGAACCAUCACGGCGAGGGGAAAUGUAAGGGCCAGGAGGACAGCGAUCAGGGCGACGGAAAGUCAUUCUAUGAGCAGGCGGGGAACAAUGUGAGCGGAGCUCUUUUGGAGAGAGAGACAUACCAGUUCCAGCAGAAUACCAUAACUUCACAACAGUCACAGAGCGGGCACAAUGGCGAGAUCCAGAGCGCUACUGUUCCUGCUCUAAGCAGUAAUGAGAAAAAUCCGAAACAUUUCCCCAGCCCGUCACCCCCCGGCUCGGCCCUCGCCGCAACAAUGGCGGUGGACUGCGCAGCUGGUCGGGACAAUGGCGCUUCCCCGGCCCUGGACAUUUCUUUGCAGGACUUUCACGUUUUCACCUCGGAGUCCUGCCUCCAUCUCUCGGAUUCCGUGUCCCCAGGUCUGUCAGAUUCGGUUGAUAGCCCAGUAGGCAUCUCAUCUGAGGGAUUUGAUUUCUUCUCAGAGACGCUCACUACCAUCGAUCUGCACCACUUGAGCUACUGACCGAACACUCAGCACAAGUUAAGUCCAGAACUGUGUCCACUCCUCUCUAAAAUCAGUGUCCCACACUUUCGGCGCGAUUCCCUCUUUAAUCAUGAUGUAAUUGAUUAGUCCAUUAACCUAAAGAGGUAAGUUUGCUAAUAACGGAAUUAAGAAUUCUAUGUUUACAAGUUCGGCAAUGCAGGAAACAAAUAAAUAUUUUCUCAUUUUAUUUUUGUAUCCCUUUCAGGUAACUUCAUAUUUUCUUAGAAUAAAUUUGUACUUGUAACUAUA